AUGAGCGAUGUCGGUGAUCUUCCUAAGGCUACUGAUGAAUCUGGCAAAUCAGCACAGGCUAGUGCUGAAGAGGACAAUGAGAAACAGGAGCAAGAUUCCUUUGAGAUAGAUGAGAUUGAAAUCUCUGAUAGAGAAUCUGAAGAUAUCGACAUUAACCAUAGACGAAUCAAGCGAAUUUCAAAGCUGGAAACCUUACCUAAUGCGAGAAAAUUGUGUCUCAGGAAUAACCUUAUAAAGGUCAUUGAAAAUUUGGGACCACUUGCUGACAUAUUGAUAGAUCUGGACUUGUAUGAUAAUCAAAUUACGAAGGCUAGUUGCUCACCCCCCAUUGAGAACCUGGAAGUUUUGCGAGUGCUUGAGGUAUUGGACCUGAGUUAUAACCGUAUCCGGGUGAUAGAAAAUUUGGACUCUUUAAGAAGUCUUACCAAGCUUUAUCUUGUCAAUAACAAGAUUUCCAGAAUUGAAAACUUGUCAACUCUCACAAACCUAACCAUGCUUGAGCUUGGUGCAAACAAGAUUCGGAAACUGGAGAACCUUGAGAACUUCCCUAACCUCGAGGAGUUGUUUGUGGGAAAUAAUAAAAUUACAAAGCUUGAGGGACUUGAAAACCUGCCAAGACUUAGAAUAUUGAGUCUGCAGUGCAAUCGAAUUACAAAGCUCGAGGGACUCGACAAAUUGUUGAAUUUAGAAGAACUAUACCUGAGUUUCAAUGGUAUCAGCCGAAUCGAGGGUUUGGAUAAUCUUGUCAAACUUCAGACACUUGAGUUAUCUCGAAACAGAAUAAGUCAAAUCGAGAACAUAUCUCACCUAGUCAAACUUGAGGAGUUUUGGUUCAAUGACAACCUUGUUGCCGAGUGGGAUCAACUAAACAUCCUGGCGCCAAUGAAGCAGCUGAAGACGCUCUACAUGGAGCGCAAUCCCAUUUACUAUGCGCCCAACUCAAAAUGUAUGAACACGGCUUAUCGGCGAAAAAUCCUCCUCCUUUUGCCCUGGCUACGACAACUCGAUGCGACAUUGACGGGCGUUGGCCUCAGAUCCUAG